AUGGUCUGUAUGCUUGUGAUACCGAUAUUUUCUUACUUCGCCGCUAAACAAGUCCUUAGAAGUGAGUUUCGUCGUCCACCCCACUUUUUACUUCUGCCAUUCCUAGAUACGUUUCACUUCGCGGACAACUCGACGUACGUAUGGUCGGCCGUCAUUGCCGUUUUGGCCGUUCACGCUGUUCUUAUAUGCGUAAUAUGGGCUGCCUACAAAGAGGAACAGAUAAAGCAGAUCGUGGAGGAGAAAGUGGACUAA